AUGACGGGCAAAGCGGGGGACGCGUUGGCCCACAGCCUGCCCGGCAAACCCCAACCCCCCGAAGGCGCGCCUCCUCCUAUGCCGGCCUCCGGGGCCAAGCCGAGCUCGGGCCCCACAGUGCAACGCUGCACCGGCUUCGGCAUUCAGGAAAUCUUGGGCUUGAACAAGGAGCCACCUUCCCAACCUCGCGCAGCCCUGGACUCCUUACCCGCCGGGCACCUGCUGGCGGCCCGCUCCGUCCUCAGCCCAGGCGGGGUGGGCGGCGUGGGCAUGGGCUUGCUCAGCACCGGCAGCCUCCCGGGUUUCUACGCGCAGCCCACUUUCCUGGAGGUAUUGGCCGAUCCGCCCAGCGUACACCUGCAGCCGCUGGGCAGAGCCCCCGCGCAGCUAGACACCAGCCAGACGGCCAGCUCAGAUUCCGAAGAUGUUUCCUCCACGGACAGAAAAAUGUCGAAAUCGACCUUAAACCAGAGUAAGAAGCGAAAGAAGAGACGGCACAGGACAAUCUUCACAUCUUACCAGCUGGAGGAACUGGAAAAAGCAUUCAAUGAGGCUCAUUAUCCUGAUGUUUAUGCAAGAGAAAUGCUGGCUAUGAAAACAGAACUUCCUGAAGAUAGAAUACAGGUUUGGUUUCAGAACCGACGGGCCAAAUGGCGAAAGAGAGAAAAAUGCUGGGGAAGAAGCAGUGUAAUGGCAGAAUAUGGCCUAUAUGGUGCAAUGGUUCGUCACUCCAUCCCACUGCCAGAAUCCAUACUGAAAUCAGCCAAGGAUGGCAUAAUGGAAUCCUGUGCUCCUUGGCUGUUGGGGAUGCACAAAAAGUCUCUGGAGGCAGCGGCUGAGGCAGGAAGGAAGCCGGAGAUGGAACGCCAGGCCCUGCCCAAGCUUGACAAGAGUGACAAGGAAGAAAGGGGGCCAGAGUCCAAAACCACCAUUUCCCAGGAGGAACUCAGAGAGAACAGCAUUGCUGCCCUCAGGGCCAAAGCUCAGGAGCAUAGCACCAAAGUCCUGGGGACCAUUCCUGGAGAUCCUCCUACCCCAGUCAGGAAGCCAGAGAAAGAGGAAGAGGCAGCCACGGCAGAGGAUGACCGGCAAAUGGAAAAAUCAGAUUUAUUACAAGAGGAUGAAAAACUGGUUUAG